UCCAAAAGUACCUAGGUAGGACGAGUGUCUUGCCAAGAAACUUAGCCAGCUUUCUAUACUAUGGAAGAUAUGUGUUCCUGUAGUAAAAGGAAAAAAGCUCCGCACUUCUCUUUUGUGAAACGUUUGGUUAUUGUAGGUACCUUAUCCCGGGAAUCAAGAUGAGUUUGGUAAGUACUGCCGCGAGAUUGUCAUACAGGGAGCAUGGAUAGGCGCGGGGUUAAUGGUAUAUAAAUAUCUUGCAAUGUUCGUCUCUCUAGGGAUAUAAUUCAGAAAAGAAAGCAAUAAUCCCUUCGAUCUUCUUAUUACUUACUAUACUUCGGAUUUCCUACCAGGGAGCCAAGCGCAUUAUGUCUCAGUUAAAGAUUGCCGUUGUCGGUCUUGGCCGUAUGGGAAAACGCCAUGUGCACACCCUUCUGUACAGAGUUCCUCGCGCCCAAAUUGUUGCAGUCUGCAGUGUCACUCCCCACGAAGUCGAAUGGGCCACUGCCAACGAGGAAUACAAGGAAUUCAACAUUGCCGUCUAUAGCGACUAUCAAGAGAUGUUGAACCAUCCUGGCCUUCAAGCAGUCUGGGUUUCAACCAGCACAGACGUGCAUGCCAGCCAGGCUCUUGCUGGCAUUGAAAAGGGGAUCCAUGUACUGUGCGAAAAGCCACUCAGUACGGAUUUGGAAGAAGCUCAAUCAGUCAUCGAUGCUGCAAAGAAGCACCCCGAGCUGAAGGUUAUGGCCGGUUUCUCUCGACGGUUCGAUGAGUCGUACCGCGAUGCCAGCCGUAAGAUUGCGGAUAAAGCUAUCGGGGAGCCAUUCCUCGUGCGGUCUAACACAUGUGAUCUUCUCGACGACACGGGAUUUUUUGUCCGCUACGCCUCUCGUAACGGAGGCAUCUUCGUCGACUGUGCCAUCCACGACAUCGACCUGUCAUUGUGGUAUCUUGGCAAUCCUAUUCCCAAGACUUGCUGGGCUGUGGGGACACUGCAGCACCACCCGGAACUGAAACAAUUCAACGACGUCGACAACGCCGUCGGUGUCGUCGAGUACUGGGGUGGAAAGAUUGCGUAUUUCCAUUGUUCAAGGACAAUGCUGCACGGCCAUGAUACCGCCACUGAAGUGACAGGCACCCAGGGUAAAAUUUCUGUUAAUCUGAUCCCUCGGCAGAACAAUGUCGUCCUAGCGGAUAAGUUGGGAAUGAGACAUGAGGUUCAGCCUGAGUACUGGCAGCGAUUCGAGCAUGCUUUCGCCCUGGAAGCGAAUGAGUUUGUUGAAUCUGUUCUGAAAGAUAAACCUGUGCCACUACCGCUUGAGACGGGUAUGAUGGUGAUGAAAAUUGGUCGAGCUUUGCAGGAUGCUUUGCUCUCGGGACAGGUUAUCCGAUUCAAUGAGGCCGGAGAGCGCCUGAAUUGAUUAUAGGUGUAUUCCUUCAGCGCUAUAUGCCCUGAAGAGCAUAUAUAGCUUUCGUUGUCGUCCAUUUCAGGUCGUUGUUAACAAGUGUUUUAGAACCACUGUAGACGUGUAGUCAAAGUAUAUACG